AUGCGGUUAAAAAUGAACCAGGAACCCUUAGGGGUGGCUCCCGACUACGUACUGCCACAAUCGCUCACCAGAUGGAGCGAGACGCUGCCUUCCCAACAUCUCACAGACUACAGCACUGUCUGUGAAACGAGACAUUCUCCUUACCCUUUCCCUUGUGAUUCCAAUAUCAAUAAUAGGAUGAUACUAUGGUCUGGUGAUAUUUCUUCUUUACAAGUAGAUGCCAUAGUCAAUUCAACAAACGAAACCAUGUCAGAAAGUAAUCCAGUUAGUGAUAGAAUCUAUCAAAGAGCUGGAUCUGGGCUAAAAGAAGAAAUUACUUUAGAUAUUAGAGAAUGUGGGACCGGUGAGGUCCGCGUAUCCCAAGGACAUGCACUGCCAGCUCGAUAUAUUAUUCACACCGUAGGACCCAAGUACAAUAUUAAAUACAAAUCCGCAUCGGAAAACACACUACACACUUGUUACAGGAAUGUUCUUCAGAAGGCCAAAGAAAUGGGUCUUCGUUCAUUAGCGAUUCCUGUGAUAAAUUCUGUCAAAAGGAACUAUCCGCCGGAUGAAGGAGCUCAUAUUGCACUACGUACUGUGCGACGUUUUUUCGAAAAUCACGGCAGUUCGAUAGACACUGUGAUAUUUGUUAUCGAUAAAGUAGAUUUAGGUAUUUACGAAGUUCUAUUACCGUUAUAUUUUCCACGAUCCAAACUGGAGGAAGAAUCAGCAAGGUACCAGUUGCCAUCCGAUACGGGUGGCCCUGACGGAGAACCGAUCAUGCCUGACCGACAAAUACGAAUCAUUGACAAUCCACAGCAUGCUUUGCACCAUGAAGAAGAAUCAGUAGACCUGUCUGUGCAGUUGGAAACUUCCAUUAACGUCGGCGACCAUGUCUUCAGUCAAAUGCAAGGCGACUUGGAUCAACAGAGAUUGCUGGGAGAGCGGCCGUUCAAUGACCCUUUGGCGGAUAUUAUGGUUAAGGAAAUACAACACCAAGAAAGAUACGAACGACUUCUGAGACGUGCCAAAUCAGAGGACUUGACGGAGGUAUCUGGAAUUGGAUGUUUGUAUCAAAGUGGAGUCGACAGGCUCGGUAGACCCGUGGUGGUUUUUAUAGGAAAAUGGUUCCCUUUCAACAAAAUCAAUCUAGAUAAGGCAUUGUUAUAUCUGAUUACACUACUGGACCCAAUCGUGAAGGGAGACUACGUCAUAGCUUAUUUUCAUACUCUGACGUCGAGCAACAAUUAUCCAUCAUUUUCGUGGUUAAAGGAAGUUUACAACAUUUUACCCUAUAAGUACAAGAAGAAUCUGAAGGCGUUUUAUGUUAUUCAUCCAACGUUUUGGACUAAGAUGAUGACGUGGUGGUUCACCACUUUCAUGGCACCAGCAAUAAAACAAAAGGUUAACAGCUUACCAGGAGUUGAGUACCUCUAUGCCGUAAUGUCUCCAGACCAACUAGAGAUACCUGCAUUUAUUACCGAGUAUGACAUGACUAUCAAUGGUAUCAGAUACUUCCAGCCCGUGACAACAUAA